AUGCCACUGGAACAGGACCCUGUGGAAGACUCCUUCUCUCUAGCCGUUCAGCCUCCUCCUGGGCAGGUUGUUGAUGCCACCGAGGAGACCCAGUUCCUCUCCGUGAUCCUGGUCAGCCUGCUGCCGCUGCUGCUGGUGGGGCUGGUGGUGCUGGGCAUGUUCUACUGGUACACAGUGUCCCGUCAGCGCCUGAGCCCGGACUGGGACAGCGCGGUGAAGAAAAGGAAGGUGGGGGGGCUGGACUGCAGUGAGAGCUGUGCCAUCAUGAUGGACAACGGCUCCGACAGCAGCUCCACGCACGCCAACAACAUCAACCACAACACCGAGCCUCUGCCCAUAGAGCUGGACCAGAUGGUGGGUAAGGGCCGCUUUGCUCAGGUCUACAAGGCCAAGCUGAAGCAGACCACGUCGGAUCAGUUCGAGACGGUCGCAGUGAAGAUUUUCCCAUAUGAAGAAUACGCCUCCUGGAAAACAGAGAAAGACAUUUUCUCAGACACGGACCUCAGGCACGAGAACGUCCUGCACUUUCUCACAGCCGAGGAGAGGAAGGUGGAGCGGCAGUACUGGCUCAUCACUGCCUUUCACUCCAGAGGGAAUUUACAGGAGUACCUGACCCGCCAUGUGAUCAGCUGGGAGGACCUGCAGGUGCUGGGCAGCUCUUUGUCCCGAGGAGUGGCUCACCUCCACAGUGACCACCUGCCCUGCGGACGGCCUAAGGUACCCAUUGUUCACAGAGACUUGAAGAGCUCCAACAUCCUGGUGAAGAACGACCUGUCAUGUUGCCUGUGUGACUUCGGCCUGGCGCUGAGACUGGACAGCUGUCUGUCAGUGGACGACCUCGCCAACAGUGGACAGGUGGGCACAGCGCGGUACAUGGCUCCCGAAGUGUUGGAGGCGCGUCUGAACCUGGAGAAUAUGGAGUCCUUCAAACAGACGGAUAUUUACUCCAUGGCUCUGGUCCUGUGGGAGAUUACGUCACGCUGCGAGGCUGUAGGAGAGGUGAAAGAGUAUGAGCCAGCGUAUGGGUCUAAGGUCCGGGAGCACCCCUGUGUGGAGAGUAUGAAGGACAAUGUUCUGAGGGACCGGGGACGCCCUGAAAUCCCAGACACAUGGCUGCGGCACCAGGGAGUAGCUGUGAUCUGCACCACCAUAAUGGAGUGCUGGGACCACGACCCGGAGGCACGCCUGACCGCUCACUGUGUGGCCGAGCGGAUCUACGAGCUGGAGGAGCAAGUGGACAAGAUCUCGUCCCGCAGCUCCUCCAACGAGAAGAUCCCUGAACCGGAGCUCAAACUGCCCAUCCAGGUGGACAUCCCGGGGGAGACCAAGAUCAUCGAGCUCCAGGACAUCAUCGCCGUGGACUGCUCUGUCUCUGAUGAGAAGCAAUAG